AUGUUUGGAGUUGCAAGAGCGGUAGUCGGGCGCAGCAGCGCGGCAGGAGUGUUGCGGGUGUUUGCGAGAGCGCAGUCGUCGAAUGCUUUGACCAAGACGGGUCUUCCUUUCACGUACUCGGGCGCGGGGCCGUCGACAGUGCUGUACACGAGCCAGCACGAGUGGAUCGCGGCACACCAGGACGGAACAGCGUUUGUCGGGAUCACCAGGUACGCGGCAGACGCGCUCGGGGACGCUACGUACGUGGAGCUGCCCGAGACGGGCAGCUCGCUGGAAAAGGGCGAGUCGCUCGGGUCGGUGGAGUCGGUCAAGUCUGCGUCCGAGAUCUACCAGCCGGUGGCGGGAGAGGUGGUCGAGGCGAACGCGGCGCUCGAGGAGGCGCCGCAGCUGAUCAACAAGGACCCGAUGGGCGACGGGUGGAUCGCCAAGAUCAGGAUCGGCGACGCCAGCGAGCUGCAGAGCGCAGAGCUGCUCACGCUGGAGGCGUACGAGAGGUCUCUGAAGGAGGACCAGCACGAGUAG